GGAAAUCAUAUAAGCACCCCCCUAAGCCCACCACUGGUGAAUACUGAAUCAGCUUAUGCUCAGGUAACUCAGCUAUGGGGAACUCACGGCAUUGGGAGACAGUCCUUGCAAGUGACCCCCAUCCUCCUUAUGAUCAGCCCUUUCUUCUUAACUCUUAACUUCUUCUUAACCUAGGGAUAAGCCUCUACGUCCCAUGAAAGCUGGUUCACUGCUUCGUCCACAGGACCUAACACAGUGCCUCAGAACCUAGCAGGCAAGCAAGAGAUAUUUGUUGGAUGUAAAAGGAAGGAAGGAAGGAAGGAAGGAAGGAAGGAAGGAAGGAAGGAAGGAAGGAAGGAAGGACUACCGUGCUAUGGUUUAGAGUCCAAAACAUGCACGAUACAUACACUUCAUCUAAAUUAAACAUUUGGGGAGAUUUCAAGUAAAACAGUUAUAGAACUAUAACUAUCCUAAGACCUAAAAACUAUCCCAGGCUUGAGUGUCAGCAAUAAAACUCUGCUUUAAAGUGAAUUGCCCACUAGGGGUGGUUGAGUCGGUUAAGCAUCUGACUCUAGGUCCUGAUCUCAGAGCUGUGAGAUCGAGCCCCCACAUGGGCCUCCACACUGGGCGUGGAGCCUGCUUGGAAUUCUCUCUCUUCCUCUUCCUCUGCCCCUACCCCCCCUAAAAAAAAAAAAAAAAAAGUAGAAAAAGGAGGAAGGAAAAGAAAAAAUCGCUUAAAAAAAUUAAAGUGAAUUGCGCACUAAAAUAGAUAAAAAUAAAUAAAUAAACUGGCCACUGAUUAUAAUGGUGUGAGUAGUGGUCAGAUGAUAAACAGCCUCACAUGCAUUUUCAAAUAGUAACAAUUAAUACAUGCCUGAGAGAUAGUUACUAAGAAUUUCAUUCAUUUCCAAACGUCUUUUUCUUUUCUUUAACUUGUAACAAUUUAUAACCUAUCAUCUAUUUUUGAACUUAAUACAAUGCCUAAGACCCUAAUAGAAAUGUAUGGAAUUCUGAAUUGGUCACAAGGACAGACUUUCGACAGAAUCUGCUUAUGCUUUCCCCCAAUGAGCAUUUACUCAUGGACAACAUAGUUUCUUUCUCAAAUUAAGUCAUUGGAUUUAUUAACUAUUGUAUCAAAGAAGAAAAAGACAGUUAAUGGUGCCUAUAUUAUGGAUAAACAGAUGCCCUCACUUGAUUAGUAAUAAAUAAGGCACGUCACCCUGUUUCAAUCUUAUUAUGCCAUAUCUUGGAUUGUUUCCUUUUUCUCUUUUGCAGAAUGUCCUUUGCUACAAGUUUCAAGUGCCCAAUGACUGAUGUAUUGUUCUCUUCCCAGGAGGAGGGGAGAAGCGUUAGGUACCUGGUACCCAGCAAAAGCCGGGCCGGCAGAGUUAUCAGCGGAAUUCCUCAAAGUGACAGAGGGCUGGAUGAGGGGUCCCUUGCUGGUACAACCAGGUCACAAGCCUAAGAAGGCUUGACGGGUGUGGCUGGCUCCCUCCCCAGGGCCUGCUCUGUUUCCGAUCUGGGCUUUGCUGCCCCCGGGGCCGUGCUCCUUCCCCUGGCUCUCUGCAGGACCUCAGGCUCCAGGAAUUUGGACCGAGUGGUAGAGACAUCGCCGGCAGAGACGGCCACUUCCAGCUUCCUCCCUGUGCUGUCUUGUGAUUCAAAGCGGACUCUGCUCCACUUUUUAAAAAGGGCAGCCCGUUAAUGCUGGAGACCCACAUGAAGAGAAGCAAGCAAGGAGACCCAACAGUCUGAGGCAAGAGUCGGUGAGUAAGCAGCUCGUCCGUGGUGGACCAUGGCGGGGAUGUGGUCAUGGGGAGCCCAGGGGCACAGGAGCCUGAUUGCUGAGUGUCCUUGUGGGAGGUCAGAGGAGCUGCAUGAUCACUGGGACUUGGUCAUUUCACAAAUGACCCGGGCUAGGACCUGCCUCCUCCAAACACACGGAAAGACACCCCCCCACACAAACACACACAGUCUACCCCUAUUGUACCAAGGCAUCCAAGCCCUGCAUUUGUGCCUGGCUGCAGGGAAGAUGCUCUUCCAUCUUGCACUUUUAUCCAAAGUACACAUCGUUGAGCCCAAUGGCCUUAUUUGCCAACUCCUCAUAGGAAGGGACUUUGGACUGGGCUUCUCUCACGCCAAUCCUGUCUGACACCAGAGUUAGAUAACUCAGCAGAAAUUGCUGAGGGCUGUAUGUGUGCCAUAGUCAUUGAAAACCCCUUGGCCUUUCUCUUCUUUGCAUUAAUUUCCAGCUAGUGCCCUCUCUUCCUUGGAGGGGUACCAUUCUUCGGUAGGAGCGAUACUGCUAUAAUUCUCCUGUCUGUGAAAGCGCUUUUUUUAUGACAAUCGUUCACAUCACAAGAAUUCUGCUAUUCUAGGCACAAUUAGCUUAUGUAUCACUAUUUUCAUGUGCAUUUAUAUCCUUAGUGUUUUAUGUAUCACUCAUGGGAGACCAGGGCUUGAGUCAUGUGUUUUCUUUCUUCUAUAUAUGUAUAUAGUGAUUCAACACUUCCACUCAUCACCUGGUGCUCAUCACAAGUGCCCUCCUUGAUCCCCAUCACCUAGAUCCCCCCUCCCCCGGUCCCCUCCCCUCUGGGAACCAUCAGUUCUCUAUAAAUAAGAGUCUGUUUCUUGGUUUGUCUUUUUCUCUCCCUUUUUUUCUUUUUGUUUUGUUUUGUUUCUUAAAUUCCACAUGAGUGAAAUCAUACAGUAUUUGUCUUUCUCUGAUUGACUUAUUUCGCUUAGCAUUAUACUCUCUAGCUCCAUCCAUGUUGUUGCAAAUGGCAAAAAUCUCAUUCUUUUUAUUACUGCAUAAUAUUCUACUGUAUAUAUAUAUAUAUACACCACCUCUUCUUUAUCCAUUCAUCUGUUGAUGGACACUGACCCAUGUAUUUUCUUUUUUUUUUUUAAGAUUUUUUGUUUAUUUAUUUGAGAGAGAGAGAGAGUGAGCACAAGCCGGGGGAGCGGCCGAGGGAGAGGGAGAAGCAAGCUUCCCGCUGAGCAGGGAGGUCGACUGUGGGGCUCGAUCCCAGGACCCUGGGAUCAUGACCUGAGUCGAAGGCAGAUGCUUAACCCACUGAGCCACUCAGGCCUCCCUAGCCCAUGUAUUUUCUUAAAUGAUUCACCAAGUGCUUUAAAUCUCAUCCCCCCUGUACUGGAAAUACAGCUACCUUGUAAGACUAUUGCAAUGAUUAACUGAGAAAAUACAAAGUCUUUUGUAAAAUACUAUGUAAUUUUUUAUUAUUAUUAAUUAUUAUUAUUCAUGAUAGACACGGCACAGCUCUAAGCUGGCUAAAUACCAAGAAAUAGGAGUAGGAUGUACUUCUUACAUUUCUUUCCCAACCCAAUGGUUUACUUCUGACCAGACGAGAGCCUUGGCCAAAGUCAUACGUUUAGCAAGUGACAAAGCGCCUAAAAUCCUUCCAGCUCACAGUGUGGCUUCACGGCGCAUGUUUCUAACGCAGACACAAUAGGAUACAGCGAAGCAGCAGGUGAGGGAUGAGGCUGGGGGCAGGUGAGCAGCACUGCCCCGGAACGCCUCCCUCAGCCAUUGUGAGCCCCGAACCCAGACCAGUUCUCUGCAGAAGGGUACUGUCUGCCUCACCCUGCAUCUCCUCCCUCUGAGCUGCAGGAAGCCUCCCUGCCUCCAUGCGGCUGGGCCUGUUCACGCUCUUCCUGCUUCACUCCUGCCUCCAUGGAGGACAGGGCGACCUCCGCGAGGACCUGACCUUGCUGAACACCGAGCUCGCGCUUCGCCUCUACCAGGACGCGACAGCCCCUAGAAAUGGAACCAACGUCGUCAUCUCUCCUGCCGGAGUGUCGCUCCCUCUGGAGAUCCUGCAGUUCGGAGCCCAAGGGAACACCGGCCAGCAGCUGGCACGAGCGCUGGGUUACGCUAUCCACGACCAAAGGGUGAAAGAGUUCUUACGCACUGUGUAUGCCACACUACUCAACGCCGGUCAAGGCACCAAGAUGGAGCUGGCUUGCACCCUUUUUGUGCAAGCAGGAACGCCACUCUCCCCCUGCUUUGUGGAGCACAUCUCCCAGUGGGCCAACAGCAGCAUAGAGCCAGCCCACCUCAGUGAACUGAACGGCAUCGGCAGCCAGGCCAGUGAAUGGGCCUCCGGGAAGAUCAAAGGGAUAGGGCCAGGUGACGACGCAGGUGGCCCUACGUGGGAGCACGGCGGCGGCGGCGGGGCAUUUGCUCAGUUGGCAAUAGUGAGCACCAUGUCCUUCCAAAGCACUUGGCGGCAGAGGUUCUCCUCCACGGACACUCAGCUCCUGCCUUUCACCGGCGCCCAGGGCCUCGUCCUCCAGGUCCCCAUGAUGUACCAAAUGGCCGAGGUCAACUACGGCCAGUUCCAGGACCAUGCAGGCCAUCAGGUGAGGGUGCUAGAGUUGCCUUACCUGGAAAGUUCAGUGAGUCUGCUCCUGGUUCUGCCUCGUGACAAAGACACCCCACUGAGCCUCAUUGAGCCACACCUCACAGCCAGCAUUCUCCGCAUCUGGACCUCCAGCCUCAGGAGAGCCAGAAUGGACGUGUUCCUGCCCAGAUUCAGGAUCCAAAAUCAUUUCAAUUUAAAAAGCAUUUUAAAUUCUUGGGGAGUCACCGAUCUUUUUGAUCCACUCAAAGCUAACUUGAAAGGAAUUUCAGGCCAAGAUGGCUUUUAUGUUUCUGAAGCAAUCCACAAAGCCAAGAUUGAGGUUUCAGAGGAAGGCACCAAGGCAUCUGCAGCCGCAGCUCUGUUGUUACUGAAAAGGUCUCGGAUUCCUUUUUUUAAAGCAGAUCGACCAUUCUUCUUUUUGCUGAGAGAACCCGACACAGGUAGGACAGUAUUUUUUGAUAGAAUUCAGAUAAAUAUGUAUCAGCAUCUCUCUAGCAACAAGUGUCCACUGUGGCCUAGAACAAGCAUUCCUUCUAGCUAG